UUCAAACAAUUUGUAAGUAUGUUGUUGAUUUUAUACAAAAUAAUUCAAGGCAAAGUUGCUCAUUUCAAAAAUGGCUGCUCAUUGAUUCGAUUCUGCUUUAAAAAUAUCUUUUACCUUUUAUUUUUAUUUUACCAUGUAGCUAUAGCCAUAGUUACAUUUUAUAUUUCUUUGUGUUAUGAACAUUGUCUUUCCUUAUGUAAAUUUAGCUAAAUGUUUUUAUAUUUAUUAAGAAACAAAAAUGAAACACAAAGAGCUGAUCCACAUUGUGGUGUCUGCCCUUAACGAGUUUGAUCCAAAUGUUCAAGGAUUACAAGAAUUUAUGCAUGACUUUUUAGUAUCACAACAGGAAACACAUCCAGAUGAUUGUACAUUUAUACAAGAAGUUUUCUCUGGCUGUAUACGAUUUGAAAUGGCUAUUAAUGUUGUUGUAAGUGGAUUUUUUCGAAGUGAGACAACCAGAAAAACCUGUUUGAUGAGUGAUAAAAAUUUAUACAGAGUGCUUGUCUACCUGUCAUUGUUCCGUUUGGAUGAACUAGGAGUGGCUCACUAUAGAAAGUUUGUAUUGUCGCAGAAUUUAAACAAAAUGCACAAGUUUUUAUCAUUUUUUCUUGACGAGACAAGAUUGAAAACAUGGAUUUUUGCUGAGUGGUGUAAAGCUUAUGAUCAUAGUUACGUUCAAAUAAAUAUGCUGUCUCCUCUAAUUAGAUGGUUACCUGAACUGCAAGAAGUUUUGAAGACGCUGACAGAUAAAGUAAAAAAUAUACAACACCAAAGAGAUAUUCGCUCACCAACAGCUGUAAAACCAUUCAAACUGACCAAAGUGAAACCAAGAAGCGUUCCAAUUCCUGAGAAGAUACCAACGUUGCAGAAACAUCAACCUGUCCCUGAAAGCACUUAUCGACAACCAAGAGAAAAAUUAGUACUGAAAACUGUAAAGAAGAAGAACAAAAUAAAAGCAGAAAAACAACUCAUCGAGGCUUCUAUGAACCAGUUUGAAUGUGCAAAUGCUGAAAAGUCGGAAAAAACUAAAGAUAGAAUGAAAAAAUACAUGCAAGUAGAAGAUGAAAAAUUGAAGUUCAAUAUGUCAAAACUAAGAGUUUUACCAGCACACAAGGAAGAUAACACACCUAUUCGUUUGAAUGCUGCUGCCAUCAUGCGUGAAGGACUUUUGAUUCAAAAAAAGGAAGAAGAAGAACUAAGACAACUAACAGAACUGGCAACAGGUGGGCGAGACAAAACUGAAUUUUUAUCAUGGCAGAAAACAAUGCGUGAAAAAGAUCUAACAGAAAAGUUAGCUAAUAUUGAAGCAAAGAGGCUAGAUGGAAAGUUGAGCUAUGAAGAAGCCAUACUUGCAAGACAAAUGCUGAUUGAAGAAAAUAAACAAAAAGUUCAAAAUAUCAAACAGGAGACUAAAGAGAUGAUGGAUGCGUAUUUAAAAGAAAAAUUUGAAAAAGAGAAAGAAAUGCGAACACUUGUGGAACAAAUUAUGGAAGGACAUGAGAAUGCAAAAGAAGCAAAAGUGAAGUUGAAAAAAUACAAACGUUCAAUUGUUGCUGACGUCAACAACGAGAGUAAAGAACUUAUGAGGAAAGCUUUAGAGGAGGCAGAGAUGGAGAUGCGUGAGAAGGUGUCCCUGAUCGCAAAAAUACGAGCAAUAGAAAGUGUACCAAGGAUACGGUUUAAGUUUGUUGACUUGACAGAAACAUCAGGAGCUGGCUUGCUUGGGGAAAUGUCAUUAGCAGAGCUAAAAGAAAGAUUGCAUUUAUUGAGGAUUGGUCAAAAAGAAGAGGAAGAUAAAAGAAGGAGAGAAAUUCUUCAAAGUAAAGUGGAUAAAGACCAGAAUUUGAUGGACACGUUAGAAUCUAUUGCAAAACAUCGUUCACAACAGGGUAAAGAAGCCGCAAUAAGAUUUGAAGAGAAACGUUCAGCGACAAAACGCGAAAUAGCAAACCCCAAGGUUACAGCUCUUCAAGAAAGACUCUCUGCUAGGCGAGCAGAACGUGAGAAAUACCGCAUCCAGUCAAGCCCACCCAAGUUGGCUAGCAAACAAAAACAACUAUCUACGCAAAAGGAUACAUUGGAAGAACUGCGGUGGAGAGAGCUGGAGAGAAGUCGCGAAAAAGCAACGAAACUUCAUACGCUUACUGUACAACGAGUGCUGAGUGGUGGAAAAUUAGUCAACAGUUGACUGGCUGAAAAUGUUUAUAAAAUAUAUAAAUUAUAAUUUGUGCGAAUAUUAAAGAGAACCAGUUUCGCGUUUUUUUUAUUCGCGUAUCGUAAAAAAAUCUAAGAAAAAUUAUUUUUUUAUAUUUUUAAUAUAAAGAAUUUCCAUGGAGCCAUCUGUUUACAAUUUCUACUUUUUUGUCCACAUUUACAGUGGCCAAUCUUCUUUGGUCGGUUACUUCAGCAUGAUUAUUUUGUUGAAAUAUUUCUAAUUGCUGCAUUUUUAAAAUCUGUAUGAUACAAUUCGCUUUAUUUAAUCGCGCCUUCCGUAAAUUCCCUUUUUAGUGAAGUCAAGCUAUAUGUUUUCACAAGAACUUGUUAUUUUAAAUUCAUACAUUUUCUGUAAUGCAAUGUUCUGAAAUUAUUUUUUUAAUUUUUCUGCCAAAAACUCGUUCUUGCAAUUACUCCUUGAAAGUUUUACGAAUCGUAGCCAUUCUACAUUUUUUAUUGACUCCUAAGAAAUACGGCAAUGUAUUUUAAAAUGUACAUAUUUUAAGAUUAUAAUAUAAUUUAUGCAAACUAUUUUGCAAUUUGUGAAUUAAAUAUUUCACUGUUACUAGCGACGUCUGGUUUUAAUCUAGACUGCGGUACGUUU